GACGAUCGGGCAGGCAGUGAAGACAUACCCUAAAGUUCCCCCUACAUCCCUUGCUGACCAAUAGGAAGGUACAGCCGCAGCUUUGCCUACCCCGCUAAUUUUGAGUUGCCAUUUCCCCAAAGAGGAGCCGUCCCCUUGCCCUUUUGAAUGCAAGGAAUGCAUGAUUAUAUGCAUUUCAGGACAGGGAAGGGAGGAUUUAUUUUUAAAAAGUGCAAAGACAGGAUUGUAACAUUCCCUUUACCUUUUAUAUUAAUUGUUCUUCCAGUAUCUGGGGGCAGGGGGCUUGUUAAUGUUACUUCAGGAAAUAUUUCACCUUUUGUUAUUAAUAUAUUAAAGAAAAAUGGAUACAGAUGACUAAAUUUUCAUAACUGGCAGGGAUUCCAUCCAUUUGUCUAGAGGAAAGAAAUACAUUGUGGUGCCAUAUGGAGAUGUUUCAGAAGCAACUUAUUUGAAUAUUUUUCAUUAGAAAGUAAGAUAAGUCAUUCCAUUUUAUUUUUACUUCCAAACAACUCCUCUGAAAUUACUCCAAUUUUUUCUUCCUUUAUUUCCAUUUCCUCUAGCCAGGAAGGCCCUUUGUCACAUCAGUCCUCCCUCCAGAAAGGGAAACUUUGCCUAAGCCAAUUUGGGCAGAGUGGGUUUUCUGAGAGAAAAAUAAGAUUCUCCCUCCAUUAUUGGGGAGGUAAGCACCUCUGCAACACAUCCAGCCCCUGCUGGUACAUGCAGUGAAGGACCAAGCUUAGAAUCUGAAUUUGGAUUCUUAUGUGAUAGCGCAUCGAGAUGCCACUACGCCAUUGAACUCCUAUUAAGAGUACUUUAUAAUUACUUUAUGUAUUUCCACCCUGAUGGUAUGUGUGUAUGCCUUUUUUAGUACUGACUGACGCCUUAUUGCCUGCUCUUUCACAAUGAAAGCCAUGGAGGAUCAAGUGGUACAAGAAGAACUAGGGUACCAGGAUGAUGAGGAAUCCUUGUUUCAGGAUAUUGACCUGUUACAGAAACAUGGAAUUAAUGUGGCUGAUAUUAAAAAGCUGAAGUCCGUGGGAAUCUGUACCGUCAAAGGGAUCCAGAUGACAACGAGGCGGGCAUUGUGCAAUGUGAAAGGGCUUUCAGAGGCCAAAGUGGACAAGAUCAAAGAAGCAGCCAACAAGCUAAUUGAACCAGGAUUCUUGACUGCCUUUGAGUACAGCGAGAAAAGGAAGAUGGUGUUCCAUAUCACCACUGGGAGCCAGGAAUUUGAUAAACUAUUGGGUGGUGGGAUUGAAAGCAUGGCAAUCACAGAGGCCUUUGGAGAAUUCCGAACAGGCAAAACCCAGCUUGCCCACACCCUUUGUGUGACAGCUCAGCUUCCAGGAGCAGAUCGCUACACAGGAGGAAAAAUUAUCUUCAUUGAUACUGAAAACACUUUCCGUCCAGAUCGUCUUCGUGACAUCGCUGAUCGCUUCAAUGUAGACCAUGAUGCAGUGCUUGACAAUGUGCUGUAUGCACGAGCAUAUACCAGUGAACAUCAGAUGGAGUUGCUUGACUAUGUAGCAGCCAAAUUCCAUGAGGAAGCCGGCAUCUUCAAGCUAUUGAUCAUUGACUCCAUAAUGGCGCUCUUCCGUGUAGAUUUCAGUGGCCGUGGGGAGCUGGCUGAACGGCAACAGAAACUUGCUCAGAUGCUAUCAAGGCUCCAGAAAAUCUCAGAAGAAUAUAAUGUGGCUGUAUUUGUGUCCAAUCAGAUGACUGCUGAUCCAGGAGCAACUAUGACUUUUCAGGCAGACCCUAAGAAGCCCAUUGGUGGCCACAUCCUUGCUCAUGCUUCAACCACAAGAAUUAGUUUGCGGAAGGGAAGGGGAGAGUUGCGUAUUGCCAAGAUAUAUGACAGCCCUGAGAUGCCUGAAAAUGAAGCUACGUUUGCAAUAACCGCUGGAGGGAUUGGGGAUGCCAAAGAGUAGAUGGAAAACUGAUGCAAAUCUGCAUUUGAAAACAGCCCAUGCACCUCAGAUGAAGCCAUGGUAUCCAAGGUCUGACUCCUUGGUUACUUAGUGUUUUUCAUGCACAGUUUGGAAAGUUUAGAAUUAGAAGAAUGCUGUGAAGAGCUUUUUAGGUAUCAUAUUUCAAUAAUCUUAACAGUUCCUGGUUCACCUUAGUGCUAUUUUAAAAUGAUCUUUCAAGCAGCCAGAAGUUGAAAAAGCACAGAAAUGUGACUUAUUCAAGAAAUAGCUUCCUUGUGGUUCAGGAGAAGCAAAGCUGUUUUGUCACAUGGGCUUAAUGUGCACUUUUUAUAGUUUCUUGGGAAAGGAAUGUCUUUGGAAUAGAAUAUAAUGGCAUGGAAUGGAACAGCAUUGAAACACAGUUUUUAAAAAAUAAUGAGUAGACAGAGGGAAAGUGCAGUGAAAGAGAGACAAGAAUAGGUGAACUUGCUAAUGUUUCAUUGACAGUAGAGGAAUGAUAGUUGCUUGAAAAGAUUUUUAGAAAUCUUGAUUAGAUUAUUUAUUUGUUUUUAAAGUGCCUGUAUUUCUGUUUUGGAAUAUUUAAAGCUGUUGUCUAUUUUUUUAUAUCUAUGAAAAAUGCUAACUUAAAACAUCUCUCUUCUUUAUGCUUGUGUGCAAUACAGCCAACACAUAGUUUGAGUGAAACCCUGGUUCUGUGAGUAGUCUCGCUGAUUUUGUUGUGAAAAUUUGCAUGAGUAAACUAAUGGGAUAUAGCCUAACAUUAUAAUACUUCAAAUAUUUUUUAAAAAUAA